CAUGAACAACACAACUCUCAUUCCAGUCGUAACAACGAAAGCACAAGCCAUGUCUUGGGAUGACGCUACGUGGAUUCUUACAUCAUCCUUUAUUAUUUUUACAAUGCAAUCAGGAUUUGGCUUAUUGGAGGCAGGAUGCGUGUCAGCCAAAAAUGAAGUGAACAUUAUGGUAAAAAAUGCAGUAGAUGUAGUUUUUGGUGGUAUUACUUACUGGGCUUAUGGUUACGGUUUAAGUUUUGGAGAUGGGGAAUAUUCUAAUGCAUUUGUUGGCGUUGGUCAAUUCUUAGUAGAUGGAGAUGAGUCAAGCGAUAUCGGACAAAUUUACUCAACAUUUAUUUUUCAAUUGUCGUUUGCUACUACAGCAACAACUAUCGUUUCAGGAGCCAUGGCAGAGAGAACGAAAUUGACAGCGUAUGUUAUCUUUUCUUUCUUAAAUACAGUUGUUUAUUGUAUACCCGCUCAUUGGAUUUGGGCUAGUAACGGGUUUUUGAAAACUUUGGGAGUAGUUGAUAUCGCAGGUUCAGGAGGUGUGCAUUUGCUUGGAGCUGUUUCGGCUAUUGUUGCUGCAAUGUUACUUGGUCCCAGAAGAGGAAGAUACGAUUCGCAAAACAAAAAACAACUUGGAAAUCCAACAAAUGCACUGGUGGGUAUGUUUAUGCUGUGGUGGGGUUGGUUAGGAUUCAAUUGUGGAAGUACCUUUGGCAUAUCGGGAGGAAAGUGGAUACUUGCGGCUAAAUCGGCUGUCACAACCAUAAACGCCUCUGUUGGUGGUGGGGUGGCUGGUCUAAUUUAUUCUUUUAUUGUUAAUAAAAAGAAAUUUAUGAUAGAAGAUUUAGUAAACUCAAUUCUUGGCUCAUUAGUUUCGAUAACAGCAUCAUGUGCCAUCGUUAGACCGUGGGAGUCUAUAGUGAUCGGAGCAAUUGGCGCCUUAUUUGUUGUGAGUUUUUGCCCAUUACUCGAUCGCUUAAAGAUAGAUGACCCGGUAGGAGCAUUUGCUGUCCAUGGAAUUGGUGGAAUCUGGGGAAUGAUAGCAGUGGGUAUCUUUGGCGAUGAUGAUAAAAUUGAAAGAAUUACUGACGGUCGUUCAGGUUUAACACAUGGUGGAGGUUUCUAUCUAUUAGGUGUACAGGUUCUGGCAAUUGUCUGCAUUGUAGGUUGGAGUGGUUCUAUAAGCUUUAUUCUAUUAUACCUUAUAAAUCGGACCAUAGGUUUAAGACUAAGUCCAGAAGAAGAAGAUCUUGGCUCUGAUAUAGUUGAACAUGACAUUAAUACUGUGAGUAGGUAUCUGGAUGGUUGUCAACUACAAGUAAAUGAACAAAUGACUGUUAGAAGAAGUUCUUUUGGGAUUAUUCGAAGGCAUAGUGGUAUGAAAACUCCGACAGAAGUAGGUGCUGAUAACAUAGGUUUUCAAAUGCAAUAG